GAUGGCCUUUGUCCCUGCGCCAGGCUACCAGCCCACCUACAACCCGACGCUGCCCUACAAGCAGCCCAUCCCGGGUGGGCUCAGCCUGGGGAUGUCCGUUUACAUCCAAGGAGUGGCCAGCGAGCACAUGAACAGGUUCUUCGUGAACUUCGUGGUGGGGCAGGACCCGGGGGCAGACAUCGCCUUCCACUUCAAUCCCCGCUUUGACGGCUGGGACAAGGUGGUGUUCAACUCGCAGCAGGGCGGCAAGUGGGGCAGCGAGGAGAGGAAGAGGAGCAUGCCCUUCAGCAAGGGCGCCCCCUUCGAGCUGGUCUUCACCGUCCUGGCUGAGCACUACAAGGUGGUGGUGAACGGAAGCCCCUUCUACGAGUUCAAGCACCGGCUGCCCCUGCAGAUGGUCACCCACCUGCACGUGGACGGGGACCUGCGGCUGCAGUCCAUCAACUUCCUCGGAGGCCAGCCCACCCCUCACCAGAGACCCACGAUGACCCCGGGUUACCCUAGUCCCGGAUACGGCCAUCCUGGUUAUGGCGCACAGCCACUGCACAGCCUGCCGAGCAUGGAGGGACCCCCGACCUUCAAUCCGCCGGUGCCGUUCACGGGGAGACUGCAAGGGGGGCUCACAGCCAGAAGGACCAUCAUAGUCAAGGGCUACGUGCCCCCCACAGGCAAGAG